AUGAAUUUUAUAUUGAUUCUAUUUAUUGCCUCAAUUAAAGCACUUCCAUUAUAUUUGGCUGUCUUUGCAGAUGAUUAAUAAGAAUCUAAAGUUUAUAUGAGAUUAAAAGUAUUGGAUGCAGUUAAAAUAUUAAUGAAUCGUUAUCCUUAAGAUUAAGAUGUUUAAUGUAAGAAAUUAAUUAAUUAAAGAUAUGUACUAUGAAUUAAUUAAUAAUAAAACAUAUAGAUCUCCUCCUAAUCUUCACAUCACUACAUUUUAUAUAGGAGAUAAUAAAGAUGCAGAAUAAUCAGAAUAUUAUAAAAAUUUCACAGUUAAUCUUCCUUAAGAAAUGAAAAUUUAUGCUGUAGCAUUAUUACCAAAAAGAGUGAUUGCCUGUGUUGUUAAAAGAUAAGAUUAUACAGUUCCAAUAGAGAACAAAUUUCCACAUAUGACUACUUUAUUAGGAAAUUGGACAGCUGUUGAUUCUAAUGUAUUAAUGGCUAGCUUAUUUGAUGACUAUGGACCAUUGAAUAAUAUUUAUUAUAGCUUAUUUGAAUAAUCAGAAAUAAAGGUUUACAGUACUUUAAUAAAUGGAAAAGGUGAAAAAAAUUUACCUGCAUAUGUAGUUAAAAUGCCAAUUAGUAUUGAUGGAUAAACCUAAUAUGGUUUUCAAUGA